GGGCACGUUAGGGGCGUUUCCGCCACUUGCAAGCUACGAACAUCGAACCAAAUUUGCUUUGUUUACUUCCGGUUCAGGCCGACGCCCUAGAGGUAGACCCGAUUCCAAAGCACACAGUAAACGGCUGCAGUCUGUACUAGUGUACAUCGAUCAAUGGCGGUCGGCGGUAGUACUUAUUCGUCGGACGAUAUCGUAGUGAAGUCGCCGAACGAUAGGCGGUUAUACAGAUACAUACAGCUGCCGAACGGCCUCUGUGCUUUGCUUGUGUAUGAUCCUGAUAUUUAUAUGGACGGGCCACCGGAAAGUGCCAGGCCUGAUGAAAUCAGCGAUGAUGAUGCCGAUGAAGAAGAUGACGAAGACGAUGAGGAUGAAAGCGGAGAAGAAGAAGAUGAAGGAGAAGACGACGACGAAGACGAUGAUGAAGGCAAUGAAGGAAAAAAAUCAGCUAAGAGCAAUGCCCCUCAGACUAAAAAGGCUGCAGCAGCAAUGUGUGUAGGGAUGGGUAGCUUUUGUGAUCCUUUAGAGGCACAGGGUCUUGCACAUUUUCUUGAACACAUGCUUUUCAUGGGGAGUGCAGAAUUUCCAGAUGAAAAUGAGUAUGACAGUUACUUGUCCAAGCAUGGGGGCUCCUCGAAUGCAUACACAGAAGUGGAGCAUACUUGUUACCAUUUUGAAGUUAAACCAGAAUUUCUCCAGGGUGCUCUGAGAAGAUUUUCCCAGUUUUUUAUUUCGCCACUUGUGAAGAACGAAGCAAUGGAUCGAGAAGUACAGGCUGUAGAUUCAGAAUUUAAUCAGGCUCUGCAAAGUGAUGCUUGUCGACUUCAACAAUUACAAUGCCACACAGCAGCACCUGGUCAUGCUUUCAACCAAUUUUUUUGGGGGAACAAGAAAAGUUUAGGUGAUGCAAUGGAGAAAGGAAUCAACCUAAGGGAUCGAAUCUUGAAAUGUUACAAUGACUUUUACCAUGGUGGAUCAAUGAAGUUAGUUAUCAUCGGGGGAGAAACUCUUGAUGUUCUUGAAAGUUGGGUUCUGGAGCUAUUUAGCAAAGUCAAAAGCAGCAAUGCUUUAAAGUCAGAAGUCAAAUCAGGACUCCCCAUUUGGAGUCCAGGAAAAAUUUAUCGUUUAGAAGCUGUUAAAGAUGUCCAUAUUCUUGAUCUAUCAUGGACAUUGCCAUGUCUUCGAAAAGACUACACAAAAAAAGCAGAAGACUAUUUGGCACAUCUCAUUGGGCAUGAGGGCAGAGGAAGCUUACUUUUCUUUUUAAAAGCAAAAGGGUGGGCAACUUCUAUAUCUGCUGGUGUUGGUGAUGAUGGAAUGCAUAGAUCUUCAAUAGCAUAUGUUUUUGGCAUGUCUAUUUACCUCACUGACUCUGGCCUUGAAAAGAUAUAUGAGAUCAUUGGUUUUGUAUAUCAAUAUCUAAAGUUACUGCAACAAAACUCUCCCCAAGAAUGGAUAUAUAAAGAACUUCAAGACAUUGCAAAUAUGGAUUUUACAUUUGCUGAAGAACAACCCCAAGAUGAAUAUGCUGCAGAGCUUUCAGAAAAUUUGCUUAUUUAUCCACCGGAGCACAUUAUAUACGGGGAUUAUGCAUACAAAGUGUGGGAUGCAGAACUGAUCAAACAUGUUUUGAGUUUCUUCACACCAGACAACAUGAGGAUUGAUAUAGUAUCAAAGUCCUUCAAUAAGUCGCAAGAUGUCCAAAGUGAACCAUGGUUUGGAUCACAGUAUAAAGAGGAAAGUAUUCCUCCAUCCAUGUUGGAAUCAUGGAAGAAUCCUCCAGAAAUAGAUGUUGCAUUACAUCUACCUGCAAAGAACGAAUUCAUUCCAAAAGACUUUUCCAUUCGUGCAAACGGGGUAAUGUGUGAUUCCGCCGAUGCAUCUCCUCCGGAAUGCAUAAUUGAUGAGCCAUUGAUGAAGUUCUGGUACAAGCUCGAUACGUCAUUCCGAUUCCCACGUGCUAAUACUUAUUUCCGUGUUACACUUAAUGGUGCUUAUCAUGGCUUAAAAAAUGUCCUCUUGACUGAGCUUUUUCUUAACCUUCUAAAGGACAAAUUAAAUGACAUUGUAUAUCAGGCAAGUGUGGCUAAGUUGGAAACUUCUAUAUCACUUGUUAGUGACAAAUUAGAGCUAAAGGUCUAUGGCUUUAAUGACAAGCUUCCAGUUCUUCUUUCCAAAGUUCUGGAAACUGCCAAAUCGUUUUUGCCCACUGAUGAUCGCUUUGUGGUAAUGAAGGAGGAUAUGGAGAGAAAUUUAAGAAAUGCCAACAUGAAGCCGCUAAAUCAUUCGUCUUAUUUGAGAUUACAAGUUCUUUGUAAAAGUUUCUGGGAUGUUGAUGAGAAACUUGAAUUGCUAAAUAAUCUCUCCUUGGCUGAUUUAAAAGAUUUUAUUCCCGAAUUAUUCUCCCAGUUGUAUAUCGAAGGGCUUUGCCAUGGGAAUUUACUUGAAGAAGAAGCCAAAACCCUAUCAAAUAUAUUUAAAAAAUAUUUUGCUGUACAACCGCUUCCAUUUGAGAUGAGACACAAAGAGAGCAUUUUAUGUUUUCCUCCUAGUGCAGACCUAGUUCGAGACGUUCCAGUCAAAAACAAGCUUGACACAAAUUCUGUCGUUGAGCUUUAUUAUCAGAUUGAACCAGAAGAUGCUUCCAACUUGUCCAAAUCAAAAGCACUGGUUGAUCUCUUGGAUGAAAUUGUUGAAGAACCACUUUUCAAUCAACUGAGGACAAAGGAGCAGCUUGGUUAUGUAGUCGAUUGUAGCCCUCGGGUAACAUACCGCAUAUUAGGUUUCUGUUUCCGUGUCCAAUCUUCUGAAUAUACUCCUAUAUAUCUUCAAGGGAGAAUCGAUAAUUUCAUCAACCAACUCCAAGAUUUAUUGAGUGCACUUGAUGACGAAUCUUUUCAGAAUUUCAAAAGCGGCUUAAUUGCAAAGCUUCUAGAGAAAGACCCUUCUCUCACUUACGAAACAAAUAGAUAUUGGGGUCAAAUCACAGACCAGAGGUAUAUGUUUGAUUUGUCUGCAAAAGAAGCGGAAGCUGUAAAGUGUCUUGAAAAGAGGGAUGUUAAGGAGUGGUACAAUACUUAUUUGAGGAAAUCAUCUCCAAACCGUAGAAGGCUUGCUGUUCGGGUGUGGGGUUGCAACACCAAUAUAAAAGAGGCCAAUCAGGUAUCGACACCUGUCCAGGUAAUAAACGACCCUGUUGCUUUCAAGGCGUCAUCGAUGUUUUACAAUGCAUUUUGUUAACACAUUUGGAAGGAGGUUGUUUUCGACUUAUAAGUAUAAAACCACUUUGAGGACCAUGGUUUUAUUCAGAAAAUGUAAGCUUCGAUUUUUUUAGAUGAAUAAUUGUCUGUGUAACUACAAGGGAAGUACUUGUGAG